CGGAUGGGAUGUUUUUUCCAUCAGAGAGUGCCUGUGGUGAGAUAACUUUUACCAAGCAUUGCCUGGAGAGCAGGGAAAUGUCGUUCUGUAGUUUCUUCGGCGGAGAGGUCUAUAAAGACCAUUUCCAAACAGGGUUUUAUGUCUGCUCCAAAUGUGACCACCAGCUGUUCACCAGCCGCUCCAAGUACGAACACUCAUCUCCCUGGCCAGCCUUCACAGAGACCAUCCAUGAGGACAGUGUGUCCAAACAACAGCAGAGACCUGGGGCGUAUAAGGUGCAUUGUGGGAAAUGUGGAAAUGGACUAGGCCAUGAGUUUAUGAAUGAUGGGCCAGGCAAAGGCAUGUCUCGCUUUUGAAUAUUCAGCAGCUCACUGAAGUUCGUCCCUAAAGAUAAGGUUGAUGGACAGUAAGGUGAGCCGUUAGAGGAAAAUGCUGCUAGAGUUGUAGCGGUUUCUCUGAGCUGCUGAAGGUGUGGACAGUAGAUGAAGUGUUCUGGGAUAAAGCCCAAUCUGGGAGCGCCAGGGCUCUGAAGAAUGAUGUCCACACUGAACAGCAUAAACAGAGGACUGGUCUCAACACUUUUUUACUAUGCAAUCAUCACCAUCUCAGCGUAGUCUCACAAUCACAGUCACUACCGAUUUUUCUAACCCCGGUUUCCAAACCCAAGGAAUUGGUACUAAGACAGCCCUAAAUCUAAGACUAGAUGACGUUUUCUGAUGACUGAAUUAAUAGACAACUGCAUCUACCUCCUGUGUUUGAUGUGCCAGAUACAGAACAUUAAUAAUAAUUCUAUUUUCACUCUUAAGCUUUAUGUAAAUUGUUUACAAUGAUGGCUAUGCAAACUGAAAUAAAUCUAUUGUAAAAGAA